GCUUCAGGAGUCCCUCCCGGAGUCCGAGCUGUGGCCCUCACCAUGGGCAACAAGCAGACGGUCUUCACUCCUGAGCAGCUGGAAGCAUACCAGGACAACCCCUUCCGCCAGAGGAUCGCCCAGGUCUUCUCUGAGGAUGGGGACGGCCAUAUGACCUUGGACAACUUCCUGGACAUGUUUUCUGUGAUGAGCGAAACGGCUCCCCGUGACCUCAAGGCAUACUAUGCUUUCAAAAUUUAUGACUUUAACGACGACGACUACAUCUGCGCGUGGGACCUGGAGCAGACGUUGACCAAGCUGACUCGGGGGGAGCUGAGUGCCGAGGAGGUGAGCCUGGUGUGCGAGAAGGUGCUGGAUGAAGCCGAUGGAGACCACGAUGGGCGGCUGUCCCUGGAAGACUUUCAGAACAUGAUCUUGCGGGCACCCGACUUUCUCAGCACCUUCCACAUCCGCAUCUGAGGGCGCCGCGGAGGAGGAGCU